CGACUGCAGCGCCAUAUAUCGGGUAAAGUUGUAAGUUAAGUAUUCAAUUUAUUAUUUCAUAUUAAUAUUUUUUUGCUCUAUGAACCUUCCACAAAGUAUUAGAUUAACCACCGAUAGUCACCGAUGGUCAUCCAUUGUAAUCAAAUGGGAAUUAAUAAAGAAAUAAGUACUUACUCCAAGGACCCGUCAGCAGAUUUAUACAAGUAAAAAUCUUGAAAUAUUAAUCUAACUCUCUCCUUCCCUCUGCCGAAGAACUCGUAGUGGCAAUGCGUAUUCGGUGGAUAUGGAGCUGGGAAGUGUGGUGAAGUUAGAGUGCCGUGUUUUGUGCCAUCGCUGUUAAACUCUUGGUGACAUGAUGAAGCUGGAAGAAUAGAAACGAAAAAUAUAAACAUAUUGCUAAUUUAUUUCACUCAUGGGGAGUCGUGGUGUCUUUAGACACAAUCUGUAAUCUGAACGUGGUGUAUCCGAACGUAUUCUAGAAAUAUGACGUUGACAUUUGACAUACGCCGGCGGGUACAGCGUGCGCAUGCGUGAUAAAAAGUCAAUAGUGAGGCUCAAGUCUUCAUGUUAUUUAAUUAUUAUGAUAUGUGGUGCUAUUAUAUUAUCGACUAAUAUACCAAAUGGUAAAAUAACGUUAUUCGUUUUGGGUAUGUUCUAUUCUUAAUUUUUUUUGUAUUAUAUUUUAAUGUGUGAUUGCUAAUAUAUACGAUUCUGCGACUAAUUCUUCUAACUUCAAAUCUUAUACCAAAUAUUUUCCUUUUGAUAAAAUUUGUAUUAACUUAAACAAAUAAUUGUCGAUUCUGGCAUGACUAUCUACACUUAAAACACAAUUUAAUAUCAGUCUCUCCUUUUCAUUCUAUAUAGCGAAUGACAAGAACUGUUGUACUGUUGUUUAGAAAAUCAUAUAAGACACCUUAGAUUAACUUAGUGAACUUAAGCGAAUUUAUUAAAAUGUUCAAUUUCUAUAUAAUAAAGGACAUCAAAAAUCUGAUAAUACCUAGUUACAAUUUCAAUAUGUGGGCUACAAUUACAUCAGCUAGGUUCAAUUUUAUUACCAUUAUAGUAAUAAUUUCUGUUUUUAUAUGUCAAUGGUUUUUUUUUAUUAUAUAAUUAUUCUCUUAAGAAAAUUAUUCGAUUCCUUUAUGAAUCUUUUACAAUAUCGCAAUUUAUACAAUACCCUGCAACUUACCUUUGUUAAUUAUCAACAAAGCAUGUAGAUUCUCUAAUUCUCUUAUUAUAGACUAGAAAAUCCAACAUUGGUGUCGAUUCUAGCAUGAUUCUCUAAACCUAAACUUAAAUUUGACAGCAGUAUAUCCUUGUCAUUCUCUAUACAGAAUGAAAAGGAGAGACUGAUGUCAAAUUUAGUUUUAAGUUUAGAGAAUCACGCCAGAAUUGGCACCAUUACCUAUAUAUUUUCUUAGAAUAGUAAGUAUCACAAUAGAAGGUUAAUAAAAUUACCAUCUUACUAUCAUCAGUUAUCAUCACAGUUAAAUGUUAUAGAUAACUUAACAGGUAUUGACUAUCCCGUCACUACAACUGUCAAUUAAAGUAAGUAAACAUGAGAUGGCAAAUGGUGGCUGCACCUGCACUUCACUGGGCUAUUCGUGUUUGCUAUCCAUUCAUGACAUUGACAUCAGUCCGCCUUUUUCAUUCUAUAUAAAGUAUGAUAAGGACAGACUCUUGUCAAGUUUACAAACAGCAAUGUAAAGUGGCGGCAAAUGCAGCCAGUCAUUUGUGUGUCUUUAGAUGGUGAUUCAAGUAAAUUAUUAGAAAUGAGUGAUUAUUUUAUAAAUUCCCGGUUUUUGGUUUAUAUGUUUAGUGUCGUAAAUUAUAUUCACUGUUUAUCUAUGCAAUAAAGUGGAAUCAAACAGUCAUGUCGGAGUCUGCACCUUUUUUCGUUGAUCGAGCCAAAACAGGCAGGGCUUCUUGUAAAGGCUGUAAAGGCAACUGCCCUAGUGGCGAACUGCGACUAGCCAAAGUGGUAGCAAGUCCGUAUGGCGAAAACCAACAAAUGAAAUCGUGGCAUCAUGUUGACUGUCUAAUGAAUGCCCUCCUCAAACAACGUCCAACAACGAAGAGAAUCGAUUCGAUUGAUGACAUUGGUAACUGGCAUACUUUGACCAAGGAAGACCAAGAGUUUUUAUUAAAGAAAAUAAAUGAAAUGGAAAAGCUUUAUGCCGAGAAAAACCUUGGCAAAUACACAGCUAAAAUUAUAAAAAAUGAGUCGAUAUCAACAAACACCACAUCAACUGCUUGUUCACCAGAAGGUAAAAGUAAAGAAAGUAAUAAGAAUAUUCAGACUGAUGAUAACUUGUUUAAGACAUUUUUUACUUUAUGUAAAAAGAUAUCUAGAGUUGAUGCAUACACGGAGAAGACUGCAACAGUUAAUAGUUUCUUCAGGAAAGGCACUGAUGGGGACUCCUUUAAAGGUGACCUAGGAUUGUGGUGUAAACUGUUAUUACCACAGGUAACGAAACGAGUUUACAACUUAAAGAGCAAACAGUUGGUGAAACUAUUUUCAAGGGUUUUUAAUACUGAUCAUGAUGAUAUGAUCACGGAUUUAGAGCAAGGAGAUGUUGCGCAGACCAUAAAAAAUUACUUUACAAAAUCUAGAAAUGUAAAACCUGCUUCUGAAAGUACCAUUACUAUACACGAAGUAGAAAAUUUCCUUGAAGAAUUAUCAAAACUAACAAAGGAGGAAGAACAGAUUUACCAAUUCAAACUAAUUGUUAAGAAAUGUACUUUGGAUGACAUAUUGAUGCUUAUAAGGUUAAUUAAAGGUGAUCUCAGAAUUAAUGCUGGACCCAAGCAUAUAUUGGAAGGAGUGCAUCCUGAUGCAUACACUGCUUUUCAAACAUCUAGAGACCUAAACAUGGUUCUUGAUCGGGUCCUAUCAAAUAAUUCUGGUGUCAAACAUAAAGAUGCUGCACAGACCAGUGUACAAGCAAAACUAGUGUUGAUGACACCUGUGCUCCCAAUGCUAGCGGAGGCAUGUAAGUCUGUUGAAAUGGCAAUGAAGAAAUGUCCAAAUGGAAUGUUCUCAGAAAUCAAAUAUGAUGGUGAGCGAGUGCAGGUGCACAAAAGAGGCAGUGAAUUUAAAUAUUUCUCUAGGGCAUUAAAGCCAGUCUUGCCUCACAAAGUGAGUCACUUCAAAGAUUACUUGCCAAAGGCAUUCCCUGAAGCUGUAGAUAUGGUAUUAGAUGCAGAAGUUUUGAUGGUGGAUGUAAACACAGGAAAACCUUUACCGUUUGGUACAUUGGGUAUCCAUAAACAAUCAGCAUUCAAAGAUGCGCAAGUGUGUUUGUAUGUAUUUGAUUGCUUGUACUACAAUGGCAAGGUAUUAAUGGACCUACCCAUAAAAAAGAGAAGGCAAAUACUUCAUGAUCAUAUGAUGGAAGUGAAAAACCAUGUGAUGUUUUCGGAACAGCAGCUGAUACAAAAGCCAGCUGAUUUGGCAAAAAUGAUAGCCAAGGUUUUAACAUUAGGUUUAGAAGGCCUUGUGCUGAAAGAUUUAGAGUCUACAUAUGAGCCAGGCAAAAGACAUUGGCUCAAGGUAAAAAAGGACUAUUUAUUUGAUGGAGCUAUGGCUGAUACUGCGGACCUUGUGGUUUUAGGAGCCUGGUUUGGUACUGGCAAAAAAGGAGGGAUGAUGUCUGUAUUCCUGAUGGGUUGCUUAGACACAAGGAAGAACAAAUGGGUUACUGUGACAAAGGUGCACACAGGCCAUGAUGACAGUACAUUGGAUAGGCUGCAGAAAGAACUGGCACCUUUGAUGGUGAAGAUUUCACAAGAUAGCAAUAAGAUACCCGCCUGGUUGGAUUGUAAUAAGGGAAUGGUACCUGAUUUUAUUGCUGUGGACCCAAAACAACAGCCUGUAUGGGAAAUCACAGGAACUGAAUUGACUAAGGCAGGAUUGCAUACAGCAGAUGGGAUAUCAGUAAGGUUUCCAAGAGUGACAAGGAUAAGAAGUGAUAAAGAUUGGAAAAGUGCUACUAACUUAGAAGAACUCAAGCAUCUAUAUAACACGUCAAAGGAAAAGACUGAUGUCUCACUGUUAAACAAAUUGGCUGAGACUGCAGCAGCUUCUGAAUCUGAUGAGUCUCCUAAAAAGAAGAUAAAGCCGAGUCCUAAGAAUACGAUAGACCAAUACAUUAAUAAAGAUUCAACUCCAAAGAAGAAAACUAAAAUAAAACGGGAAAGAAGCAGUGAUGUUAGUGAUAAUGGCGAUGAAAAAGUAUCAGUUAAGAAAAUUAAGGAAAGUCCUGAAUCAGAUACUUUUGUCAAAAAAGAAAGUAAGCCAAAAAUUAAAAAGCUUAAAAAAGAUGUGGACAGAUCCUUUUCUGCAGAUAAAAGCUUUGAUUCCAGUGAUAAUGACCUAGGUUCUAUUGAAGUUGCUAUCGAGGAUUUAUAUCCAGAAAACCCAUUGCCUGAUGCAUUCAAAGAUAAGAGGCUAGGUUUUUACCCGGAUUUCAUAACUUUCCCAGAGGAAGAAAGAAUGCACUUUGAAAGACAUUGGAUAGCAUAUGGCGGUACGGUGGUCAAGUCUUUAAAACAGUUCGACGUUGACUAUUUGGUACACAAUGAAGAUACUGUAAAACUUAAAAAAGUACAAAGAUUGAAAAGUAAGUUAUCUGAAAAUGUUAAACAUGUUAACAAGUACUGGUUGAUAAAAUGUAUAAAUGAUGUUGAACUAUGCGAUACUGUAAAAUAUCCUGUUCAAAUUGAGCCAUAAUUAAUGAAAGCCGGUCAAGGUUUAGAAACGACCGCAUACGAAGGGUUCCUUACCAUUAUUAAGUUUUACACCUUAGGUAAAUAGUCCGGAAUCGUUCGUAUUUCUAUUAGUUGAUGAUGAUUAGAGAGUGCUCUAAAAGUGCCCAUACUAUGCAAAAUUCCACAAUGCACAUAAACUAACAAAGAUAUAUAUAUAUAGAACAAGUCAAGUUUUAAAUAACAUUUGAAGCUGACGUUAUGGUUAUGGAAACCAAAUUGUGCAUAUAGAAAGAGAACUUCUUUUGACAUAUUAUGAUACAGGUAUAUUUUGUCCCGAACAUAAAAAACAUCUAUAAUAAGUUCAGUGCAUUGUAGAGAUACAGGCAUGUUGAUGAGAAAUAUCAACAUGCCUGUACCUCUACAAUGAAAUGUUUUUUUUUUAUCAUUUUGCGAAUUCAUACACAGUAUUUAUACUAACAGAGGCAGAAUUUUAUGCACUAAAUAUUGUUAAUAUACAUGUAUCACAUGUUAAAAGAAAAUUAUUGCUUUGUCAAGACUUUUUUUAAUACAAAGCUUAUGCUAAAUCUGAUUUAAUACUGAUCUAGGAAAGUCAUAACUUCAUUGAUUAGUUGAUAAAAUAUCAAUUAAAAAACAAUUUUGAUAAAAUUAUAUAAAAGUAGUAUUUACAAUUAUUUUUAUAGGACCAUUUAUCAUUUCUAACAAGACAAGAUCUUUUUUGAUGAAAUGAUACGAAAAUGAUCAAUUUGUCAUACGUCGGUCUUCCUUUCUCCAUCUCCCAUGAAUAUAAAAUUUUUCUUUGCGACUGUAUUUCAAUACAUUUUGUUCCUAGAUAGAAGUUAAAUUACAUGUAUCAUAUGUUAAAAGGAAAUCUCGCGUUGUAUAUGUAACAUUUGGUGUACACUACCAUAACGCCAGCAACAAAGGUUAUUUAAAAGUUUCUUCGUUCUGAAGUUUUGUUUAGUGUGGGCACUAUUUUAUUGCUUAUUGCUAAUUUAUAUAUUUAGUUGCUUAACAAAAAAAAUGUGUACCACGAUAUAAUAGAUCCAUAAAUAUAAUUGUACUAGUGGGCGGCCUUCGGUUCGCUUCGGUGUAGAGCUAUAGUGUAGACUAUAGUUUUUGUUCUCAGGCUUGUAUUAUACACAAUGAAUUUCUUUAUACAUUUUAUUAUUUAACUGAUAGUGAAAUUUUUGUUGCGUUGUCUAGAACCCCUUGUACUGAAUGCACCAUUUUUAGGGUUCCGUAGUCAAAUGGCAAAAAACGGAACCCAUUAUAGAUUCGUCAUGUCCGUCCGUCUGUCCGUUCGUAUGUCACAGCCACAUGUUUCCGAAACUAUAAGAACUACACUGUUGAAACUUGGUAAGUAGAUUUACUCCGUGAACCGCAUUAUGAUUUUCGUACAAAAAUAGAAAAAAAAAAGAAUUUUUUUGGGGUUAUACUUACAACUGAAACUAAAUAAUUUUUUUUUUGAUCAAACCCAUACAUGUGGGAAUCUAUGGAUAGGUCUUAAAAAUGAUAUUGAGGUUUCUAAUAUCAUUUUUUUCUAAACUGAAUAGUUUACGCGAGAGACACUUCCAAAGUGGAAAAAUGUGCCCCCCCCCCCCCCCCUGGAAGUUCUAAAAUAAGAGACUGAUAAAACUAAACAACAUAUAUGAUGUGCAUUACUAUGCAAACUUCCACCGAAAAUUAGUUUGAACGAGAUCUAGUAAGUAGUUUUUCUUUAAUACGUCACAAAUCAAUUAAAAAAAAUACACUAUUAUUAAAACAUCGAUCAAAGUAAGUACGAAUUACAAGAUUUUUUUAUAUUAUGUUACUUGUUGCUACGGAACCUUUCAUGGGCGAGUCCGACUCGCACUUGGCCGAUUUUUUUGGUUGAACGCGCAAAUCUCAGGUACUUAUUAAGGAAGGCUGUAUAAUAUUAUGCUGCGACCAGUAAGAGCGGAGUAUCAAUGUAAAAUGUUGCAAAAAAGGGUAAAAGAUUUCGUUGCGUGAGCUGCGUAAAUGAUUAAAGUGACACAAAAAUCAUGUAUGACGGAGUUGUGCCGCUUUGAAAGUUCUAUAAAAAAGUCCGCGACAGCGUAUGCCGAUCUUUUAAGUUUGACUCACUACAACCUUUUUCCUCAAAUUAAUGCGGGUGAAACCGCAGGAGACCUUUAGUUGUGACAUAACUGUAAUAGUUAGUUAGUUGUUAGCAAUAUGAUAUCCCGGACUUUAUUGCAGAUAUUUAUGUUCUCUAUAAAACUUUACCAGAUCACUUUGCUCUAUUAUUAAUGAUUUCCGCAGCGUAAGCGAUAUAAGGUAUAUUUUUCACACCCUAGGUUACAUUAUCAAAUUUUUCAUACGGAACCCUAACUUUUUUGAAAAUACUCCAUAUAUACAAGCCUAUGUUCAUCAGGGAUAAUGUAGGAUCCUAAAUGUGUAUGAACUUUUGAAAUCAGUCCAGUAGUUUCGGAACCUAUUCAAGAAAAAAAACAAUCAAAUCUUUCCUCUAUAUAAUAUUAUAUUUUAUAUAGUAUAGAAUACCUACUUGUAAUUUGUCAAUUGGUAAUAAAAACGUAAACUUUUUUUCCAUAUAAACUAUCUAAAGUCCUUCGUGUCCGCUAUUAGUAAGCAUGUUAUAAUGGAAAUGGAAUGGAACCAAAUCAAGUUUUUUAUUAAAAUCAUGUUUUCAUUUUAUAAAUGUACUAUAUCUACAAUGAAUCACUUUGUUAAAGGGUUUUGUGAUAUUGUGUCAAAAAGAUUAGAUUUAUUGAAUGAUAUCUGUAAAUUGUUUGUUAAUAAACGUAUUUUUGUAUUUACCUAAUUAUUUUCAUUUUAGUUAUCACAACACUUUGCUUUGCAUUAAUUCUGGUCACGCACGAACCCGUUCGAUUUCACAUUUAAAGAAAAAGAACAACUGAAACCUUUGCUGAAACUUUUAAAUAUCUCUCAAUUGUAAUAAGGUGAUUGGACUAUGGAAGGUCACUCUAACGAAUAAACAGUUUUUAUUUUUUUAAUUUACUGGAUAAAUUAAAGGAAUAAAUUAUUAAUCAACACUGUGUUUUAUUGUGUAACAUAUAAAUUACUUAUUUUUAUUCUAAAUGUCAUCACUAACAAAUAUUUAUUAAACUUAACUUUUAUUAAGCUCUUCCAAACGGCCCUUCUAGGAACAGGUCUCUAUUCAAGGCCAAUAUUAUAAAUCAGUUGUUCAACUUAAAACUAGAAAUGUAAUUAACGAAAUAUACGCUUUUACUAAAACUACAUAAAAAGCUUUUUCAUUUAAACGAAACAUUAAAUCAAAUCAAACUCAACGAAUAUUCC